AUGGUGCUUGUAAGUGUGAAGCCAAAGGGAGUUGAAACUGAUGAUGCUAUGCUUAGAACAUUCACAUUUUCUCUUAUGGACAUGGCCAAGGAGUGGUUUUACAAUCUCCCAGCAGGUAGCACAAAUCAGGAAAGAGAUAUGUGUAUAGUUCAAAGAGCAGGUGAAACUUUGUAUGAGUAUUGGGAGCAUUACAAGAGAUUAUGUCAAAGUUGUCCACAUCAGAAAAUCACGGAACAACUUAUCAUCCAAUAUUUCUAUGAAGCACUCUUACUAAAUGAUAAGACAAUGAUUGAUGCCACAAGUGGUGGAGCUUUAGUUGACAAGACACCCGCACAGGAAAGAGCUUUGAUUGAGAAUAUGGCAUCUAACUCGCAGCAAUUCUCCACCCGAGCAGAAACACUUGUCAAGAAGGUUAAUGAGGUUGGUGAAGUUUCUCAUAUAGAACAAAGGAUGUGUAAUAUGAAGAGGAUGAUGGAACAAAUUUCUGCGGUGAUUGUUCCAUCGUAUGAAGGCGAUAUGGAGCACGCAAAUGCUAUGUUCCAAAUUCAACAAAGACCAAGGUAUGAUCCAUACUCCAAUACAUACAAUCCGGUUUGGCGAGAUCAUCCAAAUUUCAGUUACGCCAACAAGCAAGCUGCUGCAAAUCUGACUUUUAAUCAACAAGGUGGUUACCAAAUCAUGCAAAUGCCACAACAAGAAACUCAAGGAACAAGUGUGGAUGACAAGUUUACUCUUAUGAUGCAAGGGAUGCAAGAGAUUUCGAAGUUAGUGCAAGGGUUCAACCAAUGCCAGCAGAAAUACGAGAUGACUAUGAGAGAUGUGCAAAACAAAGUUAGUCAAUUGGCUAAUGAUAUUAAUCUACUCAAAGCACAAGGGUCUGGAAAGCUUCCUUCGCAACCGUUAAACCAUAAGGAAAAUGUCAAUGAUAUUGAUCUAAGAAGUGGGAAGCAAGUAAAGAAACCUGCAACAUCACCAAAAAAUAAUGGACCUGUUUUAGACCAAGAAGAAGACGAAACAGCCCCUAACAAGGCUGAUUUGGUAACAAAUUCUCACUCUAAACCUCUUGUAUCUACUGAUGUCACUCCACCUUUUCCUAAUAGGUUUGCAAAGUCCAAUAAGGAGACACUAUACAAAGAGAUUUAUGAGAUAUUCAAGAACAUCCAAGUGAACAUACCACUCCUUGAGGUGAUAAGGCAAGUUCCUCGCUAUGCAAAGUUCUUGAAGGAAUUAUGCACUAACAAGCACAAAUUAACGGGUAAUGAAGUAAUGAGGGUGGGGGAAAACGCUACGGCGUAUCUUCUAAGGAAACUCCCACCUAAAUUAAAAGAUCCUGGUGGUUUCACUAUACCUUGCACAAUUGGUAAGACAAGUACCGGCGUGGUUAUAGAACUUGCCGAUAGAUCUAAUGUUUACCCGAAAGGGGUUGUUGAGGAUGUUUUAGUGCAGGUUAAUGAGCUUGUAUUUCCAGUGGACUUCUACGUUCUUGAUAUGAAUGAUGAAAAUUUAUCCUUGUCUACACCUUUGCUGCUGGGUAGACCGUUUAUGAGAACUUCUAGAACUAAGAUUGAUGUCUACGAAGGCACUUUGACAAUGGAAUUUGACGGGGAGGUCGUACGCUUCAACAUCUUUGAGGCGAUGAGGUACUCGAGUGAUGUGUACUCCUGUUUUGCUGUUGAGGAGGUUGACGCUGGCUAUGGAUGCAAGCAAGUAGUAGUAAAAGAAGGUUAUUGCGGAGCUGGUUUACGAAGAUGGGACUGGAAUGGGUUUGUAUUUGUCGAGGUGUGUUCUCAAGUACAUGCUGAUACAGAUGGAGAAGAGGGUUAUGAGCUCAGUUUUGAACCUGAGUUGUGGCUGAAGUGA